AUUCUUCCUUUAUUGACAUAGUUCCAGGUGCUCCUUCAGCUCCAAGGAGAGGGCGUGGGGGUCAUCGAGGUGGCAGGGGACGAUUUGGUAUUCGACGAGAUGGUCCAAUGAAAUUUGAGAAAGACUUUGACUUUGAAAGUGCAAAUGCACAAUUUAACAAGGAGGAAAUAGACAGAGAAUUUCAUAAUAAACUUAAAUUGAAAGAAGAUAAACUUGAGAAGCAGGAGAAGCCUGUAAAUGGUGAAGAUAAAGGAGACUCAGGAGUUGAUACCCAAAACAGUGAAGGAAAUGCAGAUGAAGAAGAUCCACUUGGCCCUAAUUGCUAUUAUGACAAAACCAAAUCCUUCUUUGAUAAUAUUUCUUGUGAUGAUAAUAGAGAACAGAGACCAACCUGGGCUGAAGAAAGAAGAUUAAAUGCCGAAACAUUUGGAAUCCCACUUCGUCCAAACCGUGGCCGUGGCGGGUACAGAGGCAGAGGAGGUCUUGGUUUCCGUGGUGGCCGAGGGCGUGGUGGUGGCAGAGGUGGUGCCUUCACCACCCCUCGAGGAUUUCGUGGUGGAUUCAGAGGAGGUCGUGGGGGCAGGGAGUUUGCAGAUUUUGAGUACAGGAAAGACAACAAAGUUGCUGCAUAGUCUACAAACAAGUCUUUGAAAAUAGGUGAAUUUCUAGCUCUUCAUGGUCCUGAGAAUUGGUUUCAGUCUUUGCGAAGAAUGAAGAAGUGAAUUUGCUGUAUAUUUGUCACCAGCACUGGGUUUUUGUUUGUUUGUUUGUUUGUUUUUCUGCUUAAUUUCAAAGAUACAAUGCAGUUACUUUUGGGGGGGAAGGCUCAUCUUAAAAAAUGAGCAUUAAAUAUAUUUGGAAUAGCAGAAGGUUAAGUAAUUUCUUAUGUAUAGUUAAACUACAGCAGUACUUCAAUGGGACUUAUAAGUAUUUUUUCAUCACUGAAAGGAUUUUUCUUAUCACUAAAUUGUAUUUGGCAAUUAUUGUAAGUUGCCUGCAGAUAGGGCCGUGAUACUGUGUUUUGAGCCACAGAAGGUUGUGUGUGUAUGUGUGUGUGUGUGUGCGCGCGCGCGCGUGUGUGUCUGUAUCUUUCUUUCUUUCUUUCUUUUUGGAAAUCCUGUAAUAUCCCCUUUGAGGUAGCUUAUUUGGUCAAUUAAUUAGGGUGCUGGAUGGUAGAGAAUUUUGUCAGUCAACUAUGUACACACAGUAAAUACUGUUUCUUAGGCAAAGGUAACUUUUUUAUAUAGUUGUAAAAUUCCAUUAUAUUCCUUUGCCAAAGAAACAUUAAGAACUUUGUAUAGCUGUAUAAAAAGCAACUAAUUUUUUAAAGAAUAAACAUUUUAAAGUCAGCAAACAUACUGUGUCCUUGCAGAAGUUGAUGUGCUGAGGAGCAGAGCUGUGGGUGGUGGGUCUUUUUUCAUAGCUUUCCAGGCUUGAGAUUUUUGAUUUUGAUUUUUUUUUUUUUUAAUGUUUGGAACAUAAAUGAAGAUUUGAUACAUUCUUCCAUUAUCUGAAAAGGAUAAAUUACUCAUACUCAUUGUAAGAGCUUCAUUUUGUAACAAAUGGCAUAUCACAGGAUUUGUCCAAAUAAUAAAUAUUUUCAGUAUAUGAAUGUAAAUAAUCAUAGAUAAGAAUAUACUUAGCUGUAUUUUCAAAUAAGCACCCUCCCCUUUUUUAAGAUAAUAAAACUGGGCAUCGAUUAACCUGUUCUUCCUGAUAUGCCUGGAAUUUUGUCGUGAUACCUUGAUUCAUUCCAUUAUAUUUCAAGAGAAUUCAGAGUGCUAGAAAUUAUUUUGGCAACCUAUAAGAUACCCUAACACUGGUCCUUGGGCCCAUGGCCCACAAAUGACUCAGUAAUAGAGUUCAUUGCUAAUUAUAAAUCACUAGUAAAUCUUUUUGAUAUUUUAAGCUAGGGUGGAAAAAAAAAAUCUGGCCACUUUUGUGUUUUUAUGAAGGCCAUGGAAUAAAGGGAUCCAAAGAUUUAAAUAUUUUUAUCUAUUUUGAUUUUUGUUAACUUUCUCCUUAAAGUAUUCAAUAGUGAUAAAGAUGUGGAAAACUGCACUGUAGGAGAAUUGGAAUAUUUAAAGAUGGUUGAUAUUUUUAAUUUUAAUUUUAUAUCUUUUGUAUAGCUCUACAAGGAAAUGUUUUGUAGUUUGGUUUCGUUUAAGGUCCAGUACUUGGCAGCCGUAGUUUAGAUAAUGUUGCUUAAUACUGUUUGCUUGCAUGUUAACAACAAAACCUUUUGGAGGACCCACAAAUCAUGAUAUUGAACACAUUUCCGAAGCAUUCUGAACAUCAAAGCAAGUGCUAUGAUAAUACCUAUGUAGACUGUUUGAGAUGUCCCGGGCCAGUUUCAAGAAAAGCUGUAAAUACCAGUUCUACGUGCUCUGAAAGUAUGAAUUCACGUGUUUUCCAAGCCCUCUGGGUCACUGACUAAGGCAUUUGGUGCCCCAAUAAUAACUGGCAGCAUGGCAUACCUGCAGUGCACCUUACAAUAUUAAAGCAAGGUUUUUAUUCUAAGACAGAAUAAAACUGUUAAAUAAAAAAUGUUCGUCAAA